AUGUCCAUGUCGGCCAAGCUUUCCUUGAUGUCUCUUUCUCGUGUGAUUGCUUCCGUGGGCAUUGCAGCCGUCAUGGAACCGAGCGUGCAGCCAUCUUAUGAGUGGAGUGCGGCUGGAUUCUUUGAUCACUGGACUUUGGCCACCUGGGUUGUGACCUUGUCCUUCACCUCAAAGUCUUUGAUUACGCUCUACUUGCUGAAGUCAUUAGAUGGCAUCCAGAAGAAUGUGGGUGAGGCUUUGGCUGUGAUCGUGAUCUUUUUGGGACAGAUCGCGGCAGGCUCCUCCGUCUUCAACCUUUGCGCCUUCCUCUUGGCCUGCUUGGUGGUCAUCCUCGUGCGUAUCUAUGGCCUCGCUGGAAAGGUCACUCUGCUAGAGCAGCAGCACGUUUGGUUGGGUGCUCCGUUGUUGCGGAGGGGUUUGGAGGGGUUGCACUUGGCUAAGGGGCGGAUCUUGAGAGUUUGCCUGCAGUCAGCUUUAGUUUCAUCAAGAAAGCAUGCUUCAUUCAGCGCAAGGUUGCCUUGA